UAAAAACUCUUUGCAAUUGAAAAUCGCACACACGAGACGAGACAACAAAAUAGUCGAGACUCCAGAUCCUCCUUUUCCCUCACUUUUUCCCCCAAAGAAAAACUUUCCCUCGCUUUCCCGCCCUCCAAACAAUCCCCGAAUGGCCGCAAUCAGUCUCCGAAAGGGCAACACUCGUCUGCCUCCGGAAGUCAAUCGGGUUCUCUACGUCCGCAAUCUCCCCUUCAACAUCUCCAGCGAGGAGAUGUACGACAUCUUCGGCAAAUACGGCGCCAUACGACAGAUACGCAUCGGCACCAACAAGGACACCAGAGGCACCGCCUUUGUCGUUUACGAGGACAUCUACGACGCCAAAACGGCGGUGGAUCACCUCUCCGGCUUCAACGUCGCCAACCGCUACCUGAUCGUGCUUUAUUACCAGCAGGCGAAGAUGGGCAAGAAGCUUGAUCAGAGGAAGAAGGAGGAAGAAAUUGCCAAGAUGCAGGAGAAGUACGGCGUCUCCACCAAAGAUAAGUAGUUAAUUUUCUGUGAUUUAACUCUUCUUCUGGUUGGAAAUCGUUGGGUUUAUAUGUUUGUAUAUGUUGAGGGUUAUAUCUAUGCUCUGGAUUUUGUAAUCUAACUAUUUGGGAUUUGGAGGGUUUUUUUAAUGCUCUAAUUGGCUCUAAUUGAUUUUUUUUGUAAUUUCUUCUGCUUUGAUUUGUUUUGACUUGUGAAUGUAGAUGUGAUGAAUUUGAAAACAA